UUUCCAUUUCUUUCAGUGAUCAAGUCCCACAUGGCUCGGCAGUGCCUCCACAGUGAAUAUUUUGACAGUCUGCUGCACGCUUGCAAACCUUGCCGCCUUCGAUGUUCCAACCCGCCUGUACCCUGUCAGCCUUACUGUAAUCCAAGUGUAACAGGUUCAAUGAAAGGAAUGCAUAUUGUUCUCUGGACCUUCUUGGGUUUGACCUUGAUUGUUUCUUUGGCACUCUUUGCACUCACAUUCUUGCUGAGGAAGAUGAACUCUGAAGCACUGAAGGACAAACUUCAAAACCCAGGAUCCAUUCCGCUGGACAAGGCCAAUACUGACCUGAUGCACAGCAGGGUUGAUGACGUCAGGGUUCUUCCCCGAAGCCUGGAGUACACAGUGGAAGACUGUACCUGUGAGGACUGUGUCAACAGCAACCCAAAGGUUGACCAUUUCUUCCCACUUCCAGCCAUGGAGGAGGGUGCAACCAUUCUUGUCACCACAAAAACGGGUGACUAUGACAAGAGUGUGCCAACUGCUUCUCGAAGUGUCACAGAGAUGGAGAAACCAACACAUUCUAGAGAAUGAACCUGUCUGGUAUAAAGCUAU